AUGCCUCUCUCAAACCUGCAGGGGGUCAAGCUCCCCGCUUCGGCCGACUUCCACGUCCAUCUUCGCGAUGGCGACAUGAUGGAGCUGGUUACUCCCACCAUCAGACAAGGUGGUGUCAACACUGUUUUUGUCAUGCCCAAUCUUGUACCGCCAAUUACUACGGUUGACCGCGCGCUCGAGUACAAGCAGCGUUUACAGGCCAUUGAGCCCAACGUAAAUUUCCUCAUGUCUCUUUACCUCCAUGAGACUAUUACGCCGGAAACCAUCAUCGAUGCCAAGAAGCGUGGUAUCACCGGCGUCAAGAGUUAUCCGGCAGGUGUAACUACCAACUCCUCUGCUGGUGUCGUCGAUUAUGCGCAGUUCUAUCCCGUGUUUGCGGAGAUGGAACGUCAGGGAAUAAUCCUUAAUCUGCAUGGGGAGGUUCCCUCCCAAGGCGAUGUGACCGUGCUGUCAGCGGAGGAGCGCUUCCUUCCCACCCUUUUGCAGCUGCACGAGAAGUUCCCCAAACUUCGGAUUAUCCUGGAGCAUUGUACCACCGCCGCCGCAGUCGAAGCUGUCAAGAAAUGCGGCCCGACUGUUGCAGGAACAAUAACUGCUCACCACCUGUCGAUUAUCAUUGACUCCUGGGCUGGCGACCCUUUCUGCUUCUGCAAGCCUGUCGCCAAAACACCUGCCGAUCGAGACGCCCUUCUGCGCGCCGCAGCCUCCGGCAACCCUAAGUUCUUUUUUGGCUCAGAUAGCGCACCACACCCCGCAGCAUCCAAGCGAGGAGGAGAGAAGAUAGCUGCCGGUGUGUUCACUCAGCCAUAUACGACUCAGCUCGUGGUCGACGCCUUCGAGCAGGCCUGCCAAAAUGGUGUCUUGAAAGAGCAAGAUAUCACGCCCGAGAUUGUCCAAGGUUUCAUGAGCAAAUAUGGCCGCGCAUUCUAUGGCCUCGAGAGUGAGCAAAAGGAGUUCAUCACCCUGGAAAAGAAAGACGAGAAGGUCGUAAACAUCCUAAAAUCGGACAAGGUGGAUGUUGUCCCCUUUAGAAGGGAUCAGCAGACAUGGAGCGUAACCUGGUCUGCAUAG